AUGGCCACCUCUAUACUUGGGGAAGAGCCGCGCUUCGGAACGACCCCGUUGGCCAUGCUGGCGGCGACCUGCAACAAAAUCGGCAACACGAGCCCGCUGACCACGCUUCCGGAGUCGAGCGCCUUCGCCAAAGGCGGCUUCCAUCCCUGGAAGCGCUCCUCGUCCAGCUGCAACCUCGGCUCCAGCCUCUCGGGCUUCGCUGUGGCCACUGGCGGCCGUGGCUCCAGCGGCCUGGCGGGUGGCUCGGGCGCCGCCAACAGCGCCUUCUGCCUGGCCUCCACGUCGCCCACGUCGUCCGCCUUCAGCAGCGACUACGGCGGCCUCUUUUCCAACUCGGCCGCUGCCGCGGCGGCGGCGGCCGGGGUGUCCCCACAGGAGGCGGGCGGCCAGUCGGCCUUCAUCUCCAAGGUUCACACGACGGCGGCAGACGGCCUGUAUCCGCGCGUGGGCAUGGCACACCCUUACGAGUCGUGGUACAAAUCAGGCUUCCACUCGACGCUGGCGGCAGGCGAGGUGACCAACGGUGCGGCGUCGUCGUGGUGGGACGUGCACAGCAGCCCGGGCUCGUGGCUGGAGGUGCAGAACCCCGCUGGGGGGCUCCAGAGCUCGCUGCACUCGGGCGCCCCCCAGGCCUCGCUGCACUCGCAGCUGGGCACCUACAAUCCCGACUUCAGCUCGCUUACACACUCGGCCUUCAGCUCCACCGGUCUCGGCUCCUCUGCCGCUGCCGCCUCGCACCUGCUCUCCACCAGCCAGCACCUGCUGGCUCAGGACGGCUUCAAGCCCGUGCUGCCCUCCUAUUCGGACUCCAGUGCCGCCGUGGCGGCCGCGGCCGCCAGCGCCAUGAUCUCCGGCGCUGCGGCCGCCGCCGCCGGCGGGAGUUCGGCGCGCUCUGCUCGCCGCUACUCCGGCCGCGCCACCUGCGACUGCCCCAACUGCCAGGAGGCGGAGCGGCUGGGCCCUGCCGGGGCGAGCCUGCGGCGCAAGGGCUUACACAGCUGCCACAUUCCGGGCUGCGGCAAGGUGUACGGCAAGACAUCCCACCUGAAGGCGCACCUGCGCUGGCACACGGGCGAGCGGCCUUUCGUGUGCAACUGGCUCUUCUGCGGCAAGCGCUUCACGCGCUCGGACGAGCUGCAGCGGCACCUGCGGACUCAUACGGGCGAGAAGCGCUUCGCUUGUCCGGUGUGCAACAAGCGUUUCAUGCGCAGCGACCACCUGAGCAAACACAUUAAGACGCACAACGGGGGCGGCGGGGGCAAAAAGGGCAGCGACAGUGACACGGACGCCAGCAACCUGGAGACGCCCCGCUCCGAGUCCCCAGAUCUCAUCCUGCAUGACUCCGGUGUCAGUGCCGCCCGGGCGGCUGCGGCGGCUGCGGCAGCGGCGGCGGCGGCGGCGGCUGCCUCGGCGGGAGGCAAAGAAGCCCCGACUGGUCCCAACGACUCUUAA